AGCAACUGUCAACAUUACCUGCUUUGCUAGAGUUUGAGCUACAAGCAGUGUCUUCAGCUCUGGUACUUGAUACUGAUUGUUAAGGUUAAGAAUACUCAAGUGUUCUUGGUGAUGUUAAUCUCAGCAUCUCCGGCUCUACCUGUUUCAACACAUCCGUCAUCAUGGGAAUACACAUCGGGCCUCCUUGUCAUUCAGAGGUUGAACUGAGUAUUUCAGACCCUGAACAGCAAUUACGAUCACAGCUGGAGGAGAGUAAGGAGAAGUUUCAUGAACUCAAACAACGUUUUCUUGUGUCUGAAGCUACUGUCUAUUCCAUGGCUAAGGAGCUGCAAAAGCACAAUUGUCGAAAGUUCAAAGACAUUAUCCGGUCUGUUCUGGGCGAGAAGCUGCAGUACAAGGAAGAAAGUCUGGCUGAGAAGCUGAGCCUGGCAGAAAAUCUGAGGGAACGCAGUUUUCACAUUCGAGAUCAAGACCAGAAAUGGUCCUUGUUUCAUCAGAAAUUACAGCAGGGGAGCAAAGCUUCCUUUCUCCUGUGUCAACAUCUCAAGAACCUCCUCACCUGA